AUGGCUAGUUUGAUAGUUCAACCAGCCUUGAUAGAUAGAAUCAAAGCUGCUCAGAAAGUGGACUUAGGGUUGGUGAAGCUAUUGGAAGAAGUCGGGAACGGGGACAAACCUGAUUUUAGCAUUUUCAAGGGUGGAGUUUUGAGGUUUAGAGGUAGAUUAUGCGUACCAGUUAAUGAUGAACUAAAAAGGGUAAUUAUUGAAGAAGCACAUCGUUCUUUGUACACAGUUCACCCAGGGAGUACCAAGAUGUAUCAGGACUUGAGAGGGUGUUUUUGGUGGAAUGGCCUACCAAGAACAUUAAGUGGACAAGAUGCCAUAUGGGUGAUCGUGGAUCGCUUAACGAAGACUACUCGUUUUGUGCCCAUUAAAGCUAGCAUUGGAAUGGCACCCUACGAGGCUUUGUAUGUCAGAAGGUGUAGAUCUCCAUUGUAUUGGGAUGAAGUAGGUGAAAGGAAACUUUUGGGGCCAGAGAUUAUUCUGUGGACCAUAGAGAAGAUAGAUACCAUUCGGGCUAGAAUAAAAGCAGCUCAGAGCCAACAAAAGAGUUAUUUAGAUAAAUGCCACCACCAGUUAGAGUUUGAGGUUGGAGAUAAAGUAUUUUUGAGGAUAGCACAAAUGAAGGGAGUUAUGAGAUUCGGAAAGAAGGGUAAGUUCAGCCCAAGAUAUAUUGGACCGUUUGAGAUUCUUGAUCAGAUUGGACCAAUGGCUUACAGGGUGGCUCUACCACCUGCAUCCUCGGAAGUGCAUAAUGUGUUUCAUGUGUCUAUGUUGAGAAAGUACAUCCAUGACCCCACCCACGUUAUAGAUCAUGAACCACUUCAGAUUCAAGAGAAUAUCACCUACACCGAGGAACCAGUACAAAUUUUGGACAGGAAAGAAUAA